AUGGCCGGCUACGACGACAGUCGCAGCUCUUCAGUGGAAGAGCCGCCGCCACACAUGUACGGCUACCGACUAAACUUGGAGAAAGAAGAGGAAGAAGAGGAAGUUGACAAUUUUGACGACGAUGACGACGACGACGACGACGACGAGGAGGAGGAGGACGAACGAACCCGUCGUCACCAGCCCCUGAAACGACUUCCCUCGUUGCGGAAGAUUCCCCCCUCGAAGAAGGGCGGCGGCGCGGGGAGGAAGGGAAGCGGAAAGGGCUCACUGGAAAGCGGCGGUGGCGGCGGCGGCGGCGGCAAGGCUGACGAACGGGGAACCUGGGCCGGCCGCUUCGACUCCAGCCUCUCGCUGAUCGGGUACUCGGUGGGCCUGGGGAACGUCUGGCGCUUUCCCUAUCUAGUCUACAAGAAUGGCGGCGGCGCCUUCCUCAUCCCCUUCCUGACGAUGAUGGCCUUCGUCGGCUUCCCCCUGAUGUUCAUGGAGCUCGCCUUCGGCCAGUACGCCUCCCUCUCGCCGGUGGUCAUCUUCAAGCGCUUCUCGCCCCUCUUCGCCGGCCUCGGCUACGGCAUGAUCGCCGUCUCCGCCAUCGUCAUGCUCUACUACAAUCUCAUCAUCGCCUGGACGCUCUACUACCUCUUCAUCAGCAUGCGCAUCACCGAGCUCCCCUGGACCCGGUGCGACCCCGCCUGGAGCACCGACCUCUGCUACUCGCACAAGGACAAGGAGGACUGCCUGGCCACAAAUGCCACCUACUUCAACCGCACCUGCUGGGACCAGUUCAAUGCCACCCGACUCGGAAUCACCGACCUCGUUCACCACUCGAUGAAGAAGAGCCCCUCGGAUGAGUACUUCAACAACUACGUGCUGGGGAACAUUGGCACCCUGGAGGAGAUGGGCCCCAUUCAGUGGCACCUGCUCGCCUCCUUAGGAGCCGCCUGGUUGAUGGUUUUUCUUUGUUUGUGCAAAGGAGUUCAGUCCAGCGGGAAGGUAGUGUACUUCACCGCCCUCUUUCCCUACUUUGUUCUGGUGAUACUCUUUGUGAGGGGCAUUACGCUGCCGGGUGCCAGUGAGGGCAUUCUCUUCUACGUGAAGCCGGAUUUCAGUCAGCUGGCGGUGGCGCAGGUCUGGGGCGACGCCGCCGUACAGGUUUUCUUCGCCCUCUCGCCCAGCUGGGGCGGGCUGAUCACGCUGGCCUCCUACAACAAGUUCAACAACAACUGCUUUCGCGACGCCAUCAUGGUCCUCUUCGCGAACGCCGGCACCAGCAUCUUCAGCGGCUUCGUCGUCUUCAGCAUCAUCGGCUACCUGGCACACGAGCUGGAGGUGCCCGUUGAGAAGGUGGUCAACGAGGGCGUCGGCCUCGCCUUUAUGGUUUACCCCGAGGUGGUGAGCCGCCUGCCAAUUUCCCCCUUCUGGUCCUUCAUGUUCUUCCUCAUGCUGAUCACCCUCGGCCUUGACUCGCAGUUCGCCCUCCUCGAGACGGUCCAGACGGCCGUCCUCGAUCGCUUUCCCCGCCUCCGCCACCACAAGUUCGCCAUUCUGGUGCUGGUCAGCACGGCCGGCUACGCCGGUGGGGUGAUCUUCACCACCGGCUCCGGAGUCCUCUGGCUCGGUCUCUUCGACAAAUAUGCGGCCAACUUCAGCGUGCUCAUAAUCGCCAUCACCGAGUGCUUGCUAAUCAGUUGGUACUACGGCGCGGACCGCUUCCUCCGCGACGUGGAGAAGAUGAUCGGCCCGCGAGGUGACCGCUGGAAGUGGUGCUGGACCUGGGUGUGGAAGGUGGUCACGCCGGCGACGCUCUUUUUCAUCCUCAUCUUCAACUGGAUCCAGCAUGAACCGGCCCGUGAGGGCAACUACCUCUACCCGAUGUGGGCGGACCGCCUCGGCUGGGGCCUCGCCUUCAUUCCCACCGUCAUCAUCCUGCUGACCAUUCUCUACACCUACCUGACGUACAAGGGCGGACGGAAUAAGACCUUUGUGCAG